CCUCAUCGCCACCCUGAAAUGUCUACCACGCAGCGCAUUGCAGAGACGAUGAGGCUAUGCCCUAUGCUUCGCCUUUCUCUGAGCCUCAUGCAAGAUAUUCUCCGCCACCUGGAAAGCUCUCGUGAUAUCCUCGCUGUCUGCUUGUGCUCCAGUCAUCUGUACGAGUCGGGGAAGACUAUUCUGUAUGAGGCGCCUGCCCCCACGAACGCCAAGAACACGAGGAAGCUUCUGCAGACGCUCAUUGACAAGCCAGAGCUCGCCCUUGGUGUCGAUAGAUUGAUCAUCAAUCCGUUCAGCUCGACCGCGGGCUCGUUCCCUGAUCUCUGCGCCGACGCUAUUCGCCUGACGCGCAACUUGACUGAGCUCAAUCUGACGGCGCUCCCGACGAUUCCCUCUUUGCUCGGAACGCAUGUUCUACCGCAGCUGGCCACUUGCUGUCUUGUCAACACCGCGUCCGCUGCACCUUUCCUCAAGGCCAACGCCGAGACGAUCACUUCGCUCCUGCUCGUCGACAUCGACGAUGAACAAGGCCUUGACCAGAAGAUCACCUUCCCCAAGCUCGACGUUGCAGACGUCUCUCUUGCUGUCGCGCCCUACGUUCUCCCCGGAAGCUUGGCCACCAGGGUCAGGCUGUCUGUCACCUCCAACCUCGAGAAACGCCCCGCGGAACUCACGCACUUCGCCUCGCUCGCCGGUCUCUCCAUCACGGACCUCAAGGUCACCUCCGAGCGCCUCAAGAGCGACAUCAUCAUCCCCAUCGCGCGCUACGCAUCCCGCGAGCUGCAGUGGCUGAACUUCGAGACCAUCCGGCCGCACACGAAGGCCCAGCGCAAGCGCUUCUUCGACACGCUCGAGAUCCACAUCGCGCUCAUGCGCAAGCUGGCCAACCUCGUCUUCACCCUGCGCGCGGGCGUGCCGCGGCGCCCGGACAACAAUGACCUCGACGAGAUGUCGGGCGUCUGCCAGCGGCUCUACAAGCGCUGCCCCACGCUCGAGCGCAUGAUCCCCGGUCUCAACGUGAUGUGGCAGCCCUAUGACGGCGUGUGGUUUCCUCUUGUCCCCAAAGAAGAGUACGACGAGUGGCUUGAUUUGAUCGGCAUGUGGACGGCGCGCAGGCUGAUGAAGGACGACAAGAACUCCAUUUGGGGCGCGAUGAUGCGGUCGUUGUGGGAGGAUCCGGUAGGGGUGAGGGAGUUUGAGGAAUCGCGUGGAGUGAAGGUCGCCAACCCGAAGAACGUCCCGCGAAAGUAUGGGGGCGAGGCAGACGAUCCCGAGGACGGCCACCAGCCGAUGGAAGCGAUUCAAACAGGACGGAUCGUCGAGGACACCGCGCGCGGUCUUACAACUGAACGAUACGCUUCGUAUGUCCUCUAUGUCAGGCAUCUCCAGAUCAUCCUGCUGCUCGGGGUCGACCCUCGAUUCCAGCACAUCCAGCCACAGCCUGACGGCUCUGCCCGGCUCGUCCGUGUCCGUGAUGAUGGACAGGUCCUGCAGCUGAGGCAGGAUCACCCGCUCCGCCUCGCCCGCGUGCACCGUCAUGGCCGCCAGCAGCGGCGAGUCGUCCACCGGGUCCCCGUCCUGCAAAGUGAGCGUCGACAGCCGCGCGAACUGCGGCACAUUGCGGAAGAGGGCGAGCAACUUCGUCGAGUGCCCGAAGCGGAUGUCGAGCGUGAGCGUGCGGAUGCGGCACGCGGAGCGCCGGAGCAGCUCCAUCAGGCUGUCGACGCCCUCCUCGUCGUCACAGGUUAUGUUGAGAUCGAUCAUGGCCGGGAGGACGAGGUGGUCGAUCAGGUCGCCCGGGUGGCCCUCCACGCGCUCGGCGACCACGCCAAGGCGAACCACCUCCACCUCGUCGUGCGUGACCUCCCAGUCCGUCGUGUCUACGGGAUCGCGCUCGGGCGGCUCCCUGCCCAGGUGCAUGCGCAGCAUGUGCGGCAUCGUCGGCACGACGCUGAGAAUGUCCGCAGGGUCGACAUAAUUCGCCUCGAAGAGGCGGAUCUGCGACCACGGGAGCGUGAAGCUGAGGUCGAGCGCAGGACCGUUGAGCGCCAGGGCCUCGAGGUUCGGUGCAAUCUCGAAGAUGCCGCGCAUGGCGCCUGCGUCGCUGAUGCGCGUCGGGAUGAAGUGCAGGGAGCGCAGGAGGGGAAGCCGCCCGCGAAUGGGGCCGAGAUGGUGGAGGUAGAUGGGGUUCAUGAAGAAGAACGCGUCGCGCCAGCGAUCGCAGCAGCCAAUAACGCGCUCCAUGAUGAGCUGUUGGCAGUGGCUUUCGCUGAGGACAAGGAGGGAGAUGGGGAGUAG